CUCUCCAUGAAGGAGGUCGGCGACGGGCUGCACGAGCAGAUGAACUGCAUGAUGGGCGCCCUGCAGGAGCUGAAACUCCUCCAAGUCCAGGCAGCUUUGGAGCAGUUGGACAUCUCAGGGAGCCGAAUCCCCACUCCUGGCACCGAGUGGCACCCGUGCUGCCGCGGCGGCAGAGCCAUGCCUGUGGCCCGCAGGGACCGGGCACCAGAGCUGAAACUCCUCCAAGUCCAGGCAGCUUUGGAGCAGUUGGACAUCUCAGGGAGCCGAAUCCCCACUCCUGGCACCGAGUGGCACCCGUGCUGCCGCGGCGGCAGAGCCAUGCCUGUGGCCCGCAGGGACCGGGCACCAGUGGAGGAGCCCAGCCCAACGUCCCUCGCCUGUGCCGUGCGCCGGCCGGCAGAUUUGUCCCGUCCCACUGCGCUGCCGGAGGGCGGCCACCUUCGAGACACCCCCUCCUCCUUUGGGGGCCUCUGCGGCGAGGGCGAUAACAUCUUUGCAGACUUGGUUGGGAACUGGUUGGAUCUGCCGGAGCUGGAUAAGAAAGGGGAGAAGAGCGAGGCGUCCCUCCCCACAAGCAGGUCCCAGGAGCUCUGCAGGAAGUUCUCCCUCACGGCCAACAUCUUCAAGAAGUUCCUGAGAAGCGUCCGGCCCGAUCGAGACAGGCUUCUCAAGGAGAAACCUUGCUGGCUUCCGCCUGAAGAUAAACAGCCCGAAAUUUCUAAGAGAUCCAAAAAGAUGAACAAACUUAAAGGGACAUUUUACUUUCCGCUUCAUGGGAACAUCCAGAACCAUCACGGCAAAGCGGAGAGGUGCUCGAAGGCAGAAAGCAAUAGCGAGAAACCCAAAAUUGGCACCAAGAAAGUCCAUGAGACCAUAGACUGCACCCAGUCUGGGUUUGACAUCAACACAGCUGUUUGGGUCUGA